AUGUCCGUCAGGAAGGGAGGGCUCUCCCUCCGGCCCCAGGCGCCCUCUCCUGACCAGUUCGGCGGAGACCAGGGCUGGGGGCCAGCCAGGUUCCCGGGCGCACCCCGGGCCGUCGUGAGCUCUCACCCCCGGGCGGGGAAGGCCCGUGGCGGCGGCGGCGCCGCGCUCGAAGCCCGGAGACCCCCCCCCCAGCGCUCGUCUGUGAACAAACUCCGAGCUCAGUCCUUCGAGAAGCCGGCGAGAGCGGGACGGCUACCUGCUCGCUCGCCCGAGUUCGGCGCAGAGCGAGAAAGACCCGGCACGCGGUGCAACUCCCCUCCCCGCCAGGCCGCCCAGCGCCCUCGGGCCCCGCCGCCCCCGGCCGGCCCCGACCCGCACACGCAGGCAUGCCCGGCGGCCGGCAUUCCGGCGCGGCGGGUCCGCAACUUCGCGCCCGGGCGCCCGCGCCUCGCAGCCCGGCGGGCGGGAGACAAAAGCUGCGGCGCCGCCUGA